AUGGACGAGAUGGAGUCUGUGGACGACUUGGACAGACAGAGCGGACAGGGUGAUGGUGAGCGCGUUGUUUCCAGGACGGAUGACGGCGCUAAACCCACUGUCAAUUCCACAGGGACGCGUCCAGCGGCUUGCGAUGGGCCCACGAUGGCCAUGAUGGACGGCAUUGGCGCUGACAUGGUCGCUGACAGCCGAGCCAACUCGCCCAACCGACCAGUCAACAACUGGCCCCCGGAGCAGCAGCGUGAGCUUGGAUAUGGAUGGUGGAUGCCGAACCUCGUCCAAGAACCCGAGCCAGGGGAAGCAACCCCAUCAGCACUCCCCCAUUGGGAAAGACCCCGGAUGACAACAGCGUUCGGCUUCGAUCCCGGCGGCUGCUGUCCGGGCUGGCGGUUCUCUUUCUUCAGGAACAAUUCCAGCACAUCCCACCACAGCCUUUCCUCGUGUCUUUUCCUGGAUCAUGACAGUCUGAAGACACGCCCCUCAACCACCACCGUGCUGUCGUCGCGCGACGAACCACUGCCGCCGUCACCGUCGCCAGCGUCGUUGCUACAGCCCCUCAACAGUUUCUAUCUUUCUCCCACGGUAUCAAGAUCGAGUAUUGUUUCGAGUCUGGAGGAACCGGUCCUCGACAGCUGCGACAGCGAACCGACGAGCGACGAGAUCAUCAUGCCCAGCACAGCCGCCUUCGACGCUUCAGCAGACCGGUUCCUGGCGUCAAGCAGGAUGGGCUACGGCUCAGUGCCUGGGUCUAGACUCGAGUCCCGAGGCUCGACAUCCACCAAUGCGACCGGACUGCGUCCUCAUUCAGCAGCAAGCAGUAACCGGGCAAGUGAACGUGCUGGGAACCCGCUGCUGUUUUCUCGAUGGACGAAGAAGCACCAAGCGCACCAUCGCAGCCCGUCACGUAAUGGCAAUGGCAGCAGCAGUAGCAACGGCAACGGCAAUGAGACAUCAACGCACCGGUGGAGGGAGUUGAGCCGACCCUCGACGGAGCGCAAAGCGAACCCCAAGGUCAAGCCGAAGCGAUUGACUCGUGUGAAGGACAACGACAUCGAGAGCCCGGUACCGCAGACACCGGCAAUGCCGCAGAUGACGCGCGAAGAAUUCGAGGCUCUGCCGCUCGCAAUCCAAAGAAAGCGGAGCUGGGCCAGAGAGCUUGGCAUCCAUGGCUUGCUGCGGCCAGCCAACCAGGGCUCAGGUAACCAGUGUAGGGACGCACACUCCAGCACCUCGAUCGCAAUUCUGGCCGUUUCUCCACGCGCACAUCCCGGCGGUUUCUUUGUUGGUGGCGACGGAAGAUACCACUGGACGGAGUCUCAGGCACCAAGCACCAAGUCCUCGCGGGAGGCUAAGGGUCAGGGCACAACGGCCCGUGUCCAGGUGUCUAGUCCCAGCCCUUUACCACCACUUGGGCAGGCCUCUCGCCAGCCCCUCCCCUCACCAGCCUCAGCCAGCCCAGGCCAGGGACUCAAUCAACAGCCACCAAGCAUGGGUUAUCGCAUUGAAGUCACUUCCCCGCAAGUGCUGGGUUCCAGGUUCCAUCCUUACUGCGCGGCUAGCUCUGUUCUCACUGUCGCGCCGCGCACACCGACAGCCAAUAAGAAUGGCACACUCAACGCAGCAUCUCGAUCCUCGAAAUUCGCUUCCUACUUUUCGACUCUCGAGCGCCUGCGCUUUGCCCAAGAGUCGUGCCUUAUCGACGAGGUCUCGCAGCAUUACAACGACAUCACAAACUACAGGCACGCGCGUCGCAGGUCUGUGUCCGAGUCUCACUCCUCCCGAUCUGAUUCGCCGUCGCUUGCCCCUGAGGAAUCGGCGGAAGGCUCUCCGCGAGACCCAGGUCUCGGGGCUAGGAGCCGGUCACUGGCCAGCGAGAUUUCCGACACUACAGACAAAGCUGUGUAUAGAGGGUUGACUGGGAGCAGAAAUUCCUCGCUGCUUAACCCGCCGGAAUCUCCUCCAUCCUCUGCGAGACGGCACAGCAUGGAUUCUUGUAGCGGCCCAGGCAGGCCGCUCGAUCGCGAUGGCGAAGGAGAAGGUGAAGGCUACAUUCCCCCGUCCUUCUAUGACAGCUUUCGGUGGCUGGAUGAGGAGGAGAAUCUUGACCUCCGGCUCUACCUGGACGAUUACCAUGCCAAUCUACGGGAGAGCGUGGUCAGCGGGAAACAAAGGCCUUCGUUUCGACGGCACCUGUCCAUAAACAAACUUCCUUUUGGUCGCCGAAACUCGCUCUCGGCGACGCGGCCAGCAACAAACGACGCAGCAAUAACAGCAACUUCGUCAACGACGACAACCCGACCGGUCCCGUCUUCCAGCCCGGCUCCCGAUGUGGCAAGCCCUCCUAUGCCUGCCCCCAAGCGCAAGUCUCGCGCCCUGUCACUCAUCACUCCGAAACACUCCCAGCAGCCCUCCAUCAGCGCAUUUGACCCAACAGCAGCGCACUACCAGGACCCGGAGGCUCGCUUGAAGCUCCGCGUCUACCUCGCCUCUCCACAAAAGUUUGACGAGGCUGUUCGGUUCGGCUUCCCGUCCACUGACGUGCUUUUUGGGAACGGCAGCUUUCUCGGGAAUGCUCGGAGCCGCUCACGGCAGCACAACCACUUUCAGCAAGACUCAGACGGCUCCUUGAAGCUAGGUGGUACUUUUCUUGCCGAUGACGACGAUGACAACCUUACCCUGAACAGCGACCAGCCCUCUGUUGCAGAGCCGGACUCCCCCAAGACCCCAGAGCCUUUCGAAUCUGCGAAUAAUGCUACGCCAAAGCCUAGUUCAAGACACCAUCAUCACGCUCGGUACGCCUCGGCUGAUGUGUUGGGCGGGAGUGGCAAGAAAUUCCUGCUAGGAGAUGGGCCUGAUGUAUAUACGCAGGUCCCAGCAUCCUCACGCGAGAUGACGUUGCGCAUGACUCUCACACGGCCGGACCUGCGUUCCCCACAUGAAGAGGAGGAGAUCUAUGGAUGGCAGCAACGGCAGUACCAUCAACAGCAUAGGGCGUUUCAUCAGCACAGCCGUAGACCAACAGCCCUGGCAGCUUCGGCCUUGUCUUCGGAGGGUUACCAUUACGGGGACUAUCGGUGGAAUGGCAGUGCUGGGUCAGGGGAGAAGGGGGUAAAUCCUGUGAAGAGGAUCUGGAAUAGGGUAAGACGAGGAUAG